AUGAUCCACACUGGGGAAUGGGCCUAUGAGUGUGGGGAAUGUGGGAAGGGCUUCAGCUGCAGCUCAAAACUUGUCAGGCAUCAACGCAACCACACUGGGGAGAGGCCCUACGAGUGUCCUGAGUGCCAGAAGAGGUUUCACACCAGCUCCCAUCUUCUCCAGCACCAGCAGAUUCGCACAGAUGAGAGGCCCUUCGGCUGCCCUGAUUGCGGGAAGGGCUUCAAGCGCAACUCCCACCUCGUCAGGCACCAGCUCAUACACACUGGGGAUAGGCCCUACGAGUGUCCCACGUGUGGGAAGAGGUUUGCCACCAGCUCCAAUCUUCGCCUGCAUGUGCAGAUUCACACAGAUGAGAGGCCCUUCCGCUGCUCUGACUGUGGGAAGGGCUUCAACCAGGGCUUGGAGCUGGUGGUCCAUGAGCAGCUUCCUGAUGGGGAGAAGCCCUACAAGUGCUUGGAGUGUGGGAAGAGCUUCAGGCAGAGCAGCACCCUGAUCAGCCACCAGAUGAUCCACACUGGGGAAUGGGCCUACGAGUGUGGGGAAUGUGGGAAGGGCUUCAGCUGCAGCUCAAAACUUGUCAGGCAUCAACGCAUUCACACUGGGGAGACGCCCUACGAGUGUCCUGAGUGCCAGAAGAGGUUUCACACCAGCUCCAAUCUCCUCCAGCACCAGCGGAUUCACACAGAUGAGAGGCCCUUCUGCUGCUCUGACUGUGGGAAGAGCUUCAAGUACAACUCCUACCUCAUGAAGCACCAGCGCAUCCACACUGGGGAGAAGCCCUAUGAGUGUCCCGAGUGUGGGAAGAGGUUUCACAUGAGCUCCAAUCUCCUCCAGCACCAGCGGAUUCACACAGAUGAGAGGCCCUUCCGCUGCUCUGACUGUGGGAAGGGCUUCAACCGCAACUCCCACCUUGUCACCCACCAGCGUAUCCAUACCAGGGAGAGGCCCUACGAGUGUCCCCAGUGUGGGAAGAGCUUCAGACAGAAGCUGGUGGUCCAUGAGCAGCUUCAUGAUGGGGAAUGGCCAUACAAGUGUGGAAAAUGUGGGAAGGGCUUCAGGUGCAGCUCAGAACUCCUCAACCACCAGCAGAUUCACGCUGAGAAGAGGCCUUUCCGCUGCCCUGAAUGUGGGAAGGGUUUCAACCGCAACUCCCAUGUCAUCCGCCACCAGCGUAUCCACACUGGGGAGAGGCCCUACGAGUGUCCCCAGUGUGGGAAGAGGUUUCACACUAGAUCCAAUCUCCUCCAUCACCAGCGGAUUCACAGCGAGGAGAGGCCCUUCUGCUGCCCUGACUGCGGGAAGGGCUUCAAGCACAACUACACCCUUGUCACCCACCAGCGCAUCCACACCGGAGAGAGGCCCUACAAGUGUCCCCAGUGUGGGAAGAGCUUCAUCCAGAGCUCUAAGUUAACCAGACACCAACGGAUGCACCAGUAAGGGAAGCCCUGCAAAUGCCCCAAUUCCAGGAAGAGCUUUGUGCCCGGCUCCAGCUUCAUACCCAAAUGGAGGACCCACACUGGGAAGAGACCUGUAAUCCAUAUUCACUACAAUCCAUGCUGGGAAGACACCUGUCCCUUCUCCUGCCCCUGCCAGUGACCUGAUGUGGGGUUGAAUAACAUGAGGUUCAGGCCAUGGCUGUGUCAUUACAUUCACUCCCACCUCAGGUCAUUGCCAGGGGCAGGAAAGGGACUCUCUUUCUCCCUGAGGAGAAGGGUGUCCUUUGCAGGCAGGGGGAAAUACAUUGCCAGGAAGAGCCAGUCAGUUGUGUUGUAGUUUUCCCUGCAAAUCGUUUCUAUUUUCCCUUCUGUUGUGAAUAUUUUUGCUGUUCUUGAUUGUUCCUUAUCUCAUUGCUUUUUCCAAUAAAUUGUUCUUAUCCCAGCCCAG